AUGAGCGACGCUAGAAUUUGUGUUGCUUUGUUUUUAAAAGUUCUCCAGUUGGUAGGAGAUCUAGCAUGUUUUGCUACGAGUAUAAAGGCAGGUGGUCAUUAUAAUGGGUUGAUAAUAGCCGUUACAGUGUUCAGUUUCAUUUAUAAUAUUUUUAGUAAUUGCCUUGGCUGGUUUGGUAUGAAAGGUACCGUGGAUACAGAGGACGUGAGAGCUUAUAGACAAUUCGUUCUAGGUGGGGGUACCUUAUUUUUCCUUUUUUAUAUUGGGAGUUCUAUUUUCCAACUCUUCACCGGUUACAACAACAAUUUGAAUAAUUUUGGUUAUGGUUCUCACCUUAAACCUUAUCAUCACUAUGCAAGUUGGUGUAUUGGCGUUACUUGUGCUGUACUUUACUGCAUGCAGGUUAUAAUGUGUGAAUGCUGGGGUAUUACUUUUGCUUCCAUACAUGACUUAUCGACAGGAUUCUUUAAAAGGCAACCAUUUAAAUUUGCCUGUCUGGUAUUUGGCAAAUCCCAAGUUGAUCAUGACUGUGAGGAUAAUAACAACAUUGGUUUAAAGUCAAUGCAACAUAAUACUAGUAAUAGUACUUGA